UAAAUAAUUUGGUUUUUUAGGAUAAGAGGCUGCCGAUGAAAUGACCGGCAUUUUGACCGAUUUAGCUAAGGCGAUGGCAAUUCAGUGCGUAGUGUUCAACUGUUCGGAUCAAUUAGAUGUCAUAUACAUGGGGAAAUUUUUUAAAGGACUAGCGAGUUCAGGAGCGUGGGCUUGUUUUGACGAGUUUAACAGAAUAGACAUCGAAGUGCUGUCUGUGGUUGCGCAACAAAUUACAGCAAUUCAACAGGCACAAGCAGCUCAUGCAGAGAGGUUAGUAAAUAAUGCGUAUUUGUCGAAUUACAUUUUUGAUGAUCAUCAAAAAGUUUGUUUUACUAUGCUGAGAUAAAUGAAACAACAGUUGAAAAAUUACAAACUGUAUUUACCAUCUGCAAUAUCUCUUCACUUUUCAAGAAAUUCAAAAAG